CGUCUUUGUUAGCCCUCCUCAGAUGGCAGAAAUAACUUCCAUUUUGUUAAUAUAUUUCCUGCUGUCAAAUAUUAUCCUCAAGCCUCCGUCGCUCCAAUUGAACAACAAUAUUCAUCUUCUGCCAAAGCAUUAAUUGGCGAAAUGCAAAUCCAUGAGAAUGUCUUCAACAUCAAGAAGAGACGAGGAGGAGGCGACAUCAACACCCGACAGCGACCCCGCCCACAAUUUCGUGACAUGCAUCUACACAACAAAGCUCGCCGACGCACUGCACAGCACCACGGUGACAUGGGCGAAGACCGUGAUCAGCCACACCCUCUACAUGACGGUGGAGGACGACGACGACCGCCACUACACCUGCAAGAUCGACCUCAAGACCUGGCAGUUCUGGGGCAAGAAGGGCCUCAAAUCCUUCCAGGUCGCCGACACCCGCGUCGACGUCUUCUGGGACCUCCGCAACGCCUUGUUCGCCGCCAGCCCGGAGCCCGCCUCCGGGUACUACGUGGCAAUGGUGUCCCAGGAGGAGGUGGUCCUCCUCCUGGGCGACCUCAAGAGCGAGGCCCUGAAGAGGGCGCGGGCGAGGAUGAGGGAGGAGGCGCGGCUGGUGCACAAGAAGGAGAUCGUGUUCGCGAAGAAGUGCUUCUGCACCAAGACGACGCUGGGGCAGGAGAGGAGGGAGCAUAGCAUCAUGAUCGAGUCGGCGCUGGCGGGGCCGUACGAUCCGGAGAUGUGGAUAAGCGUGGACGGGGUGGAGUCGAUUAGGGUGCCGAAUCUGCACUGGAGGUUUAGGGGGAAUGAGACGAUUGUGGUGGGGAAUGUGUUUGUGCAGAUAUUGUGGGAUGUGCAUGAUUGGCUGUAUAGUGCUAAUCAUUCUGGUGUGGGGAUUUUUGUGUUCCGGAGAUGUAGGGACCAGAAGGAGAGUUUUUGGGAUUUUUUGCAUGAUCGGCCUUUGUUUUCAUUGGCAUUCUGCCAUUUUCUUUAUGCCUGGAUGACUGAGUGAUGAUCACCACUUUUAGAUAGCUACCUAACCAUUUUGUUUUGGUCAUGUAUGCUGCGCUUUUUGGCUUGGAAUUUUUAGGGAUAUGUAUUCAGCUGAGCCUCUCAAGGAUGUCAUCUAACUAAUUCA